CCCAAGGACUUCGUCAUGCGUUCGAUGACAUUCGGAAUUUGCUGCGCACCUUGUAUCGCCCAUUAUGUACGCGACAAAAACGCAGAGGCAUUCAAAGACACAAAUCCUCGAGCAUACGAGUCCAUAACCAAGGCACACUAUAUGGACGAUCUCAUCGACACCUACAGUAAUGAUUCCGAGGCGGUAUCAGUGGCAUCAGCAGUCAAGGAUAUUCAUGCGAAUGCAGGAUUCUCAAUAAGAAACUGGAUCUCAAACUCCGCCGCGGUUAUGCAUCAUUUUGGAGAGCGCCAAUUAAACACCCACAAUCCAAAGGAACUUGGUGGACCUGAAAAGGUUCUCGGUUCGCAAGACUUCAAAGAGAUGUCCUGAACGGAGACGCUACACCAACCAAGCGAGAAAUCCUGCAGGUACUCAUGUCCGUCUUUGAUCCACUGGGCUUAAUCUCUUGCUACACAAUCGGCCUAAAGAUGCUACUUCAAAAAGUGUGGCGGUCAGGCAUAGACUGGGAUGAGGAACUUCCCGAAGAGCUACUUCAGUUUUGGAUGCAAUGGAAAAUCGUCCUUCUACAAGCUACUAAGUUGGAAUUUCCCCGUCACUACUCCAGAUUGCUACCAGAAGCAGAGCAAAUCGAUCUACAUACCUUCGUAGACGCCAGCGAAUACGCUUAUGCCGCAGUUUCAUAUCUUCGUAUAAAAAAGGAAAACAAUGUCGAUACAGUCAUAGUAGCCGCAAAAUG